UGCAGCAUCAUCUGCAUAGUGGUUCAUAUUCUGCACGUGGUCCAUCAUCCACCCUGCAGGAUCUGCAGGCAGGGUUGAUUACUUUCAUCGACGGCCACCGUGUGCAUCUGCGUUGAGACAACUGCGUGGUGUGUUUGUUUGGAGGUGUUGUGGGAUUCCUGGGUGACACUUGCCUGCUUUCGGUUUUGGACUACCAUAUACAAGGAAGGAACUGUGAAUAGACGGCAUGACAGCGUGGAUAUUGAGGGUGGUGCUGUUAACAGCGGCUGCGCUGUUAACAAUGGGCGGCUCCUUGGUGUAUGAAGGCGGCAGGCCGUCCCCUUACAGCCCUGACUACGCUCCAGAGUGUGCUCUCAUCGUGACGACGACGAAACCUCACGCCGCCAUCAUACAGAAACCGAGUCUAGAAUCUCCAGCGGGUCUACAGUAUAUAUCAAAUUUCGUGCCACAGCUGAAAGCGGUUGCGUUGACGGAAGGUCAGCAGUGCAUAACCUACGACGACGUAAACCAAGCCGUCGUGGUAGCCAAGGCAAAGUUCGGCGGUCACGUGCCUCACGAAAUCUACGAGCUCAACUCUGAUUCGCCAACAUCAGAACACAUCACCGUACCUGCGGAGAUCGUCCUUGAGGCAUCAAAGGUCCUUGCCAGAAAGUUCUCCUUGUCCUACCACGCAAUCGUGUACGGUCUCCCGCAAAUCGACACCACGAAGACACUGGUCAAUGAAAUCUGUCCCACAUUCCUGAGGCCUGUCAAGUGCGAGCUGAGCAGGUACCGCACCCUGACAGGAAUGUGCAACAAUCUCCAGAAUCCAUCGUGGGGCAGUGUCCGUGCCGCUAUGGUCCGCUACCUCCCGCCCGCCUACGCUGAUGGUUUGGCCGAACCACGUCGUGCCAAGGACGGAGGACCUCUGCCCAACCCUCGUAUGGUCAGCUUCUUGAUCCACCACGACGUGAGCGAACACGAUCGCCGAGUCAGAAACCUUUUGGUGGCCUAUGGGCAAAUGUUGGACCACGACCUCACUCUCGCUGCUCCCACACUCGACCACGAAAGGCAAGAUAUCGAAUGCUGUCGGUACCCACCGGAACACAGGCACCCGAACUGCAUGGUGAUUGACAUUCCUCACGACGAUCCUUUCUACAAGUUUUUCAACCGGAAAUGUCUGGACUUCGCCAGGAUCCUGGCUGGACUUCGGCCCUCCUGUACUCUCGGCCCACGUUCGCAGAUCAACACUCUCUCCUCGUACAUUGACGCCGGUUUCGUCUACGGUGGAACCCAAGAGAUCGCAAGCAGGCUUCGCGAGUUCAGAGGAGGUCGCCUCAAGACCACUCCCCUCUACAGAGAUCUCGGCCUGAAGGAUUUGCUUCCAAUGAAGACUGUCGAAGCCGACGUUGGUUGCAUGGCUCGGCCAAGAAACCUCUAUUGUUUCGACGCUGGUGACGAACGUGUAAACGAACAGCUCGCUUUGACUGUGAUGCACACCAUGUGGAUGAGAGAGCAUAACAAGAUCGCUUCCAUAUUCGGAGCUCUCAACCCACAUUGGGACGACGAGACCCUCUACCAGGAGACGAGGCAUCUGCUCAUUGCUGAAGUGCAGCACAUCACUCUAAACGAAUGGCUGCCCAUGAUCAUUGGUCCGGACACUGUGAAGAAGUACGGGCUUGAACCUGUUGAACACGGCUACUACACUGGCUACAGUCCAAAGGUGAACGCUGGCAUUCGUCAAGCCUUCCAGUCCGCUGUAUUUAGGUUCGGUCACAGUCUGCUGCCAGAUGUCACGGAACGUUACAACAAGUUCCACGAGAAGCUCGAGGCUAUUCGUCUGUCUCGACUGUUGCGUCAGCCAUACGACUUGUAUAAGCCAGGAGUCAUGGACACUUUCAUCAUGGGACUUAUCAACCAACAGUGUAAUAGGAUGGACCCUGAAAUCACUACCGAGGUGACGAACCAUCUGUUCGAGAAGCCUGGCGAUGGUUUCGGUAUGGACUUGGUAUCGCUGAACGUUCAACGUGCUCGUGAAACCGGUGUACCCGGCUACAACGAUUUCCGCGAAUACUGCGGCCUUCCUCGGGCUCAUGGUUUCUGGGACCUUGCUGGUGCUUUGCCGAAUAAGACUAUUCAUCGAUACACUCAGGUCUACAAGCACGUUGACGACAUCGAUUUGUGGAGUGCUGGUGUUGCAGAACACCCUCUACCGGGUGCAGUUCUUGGUCCUACUCUCUCAUGCCUAAUUGCAGAACAGUUUGCCAAUAUUCGACGUGGAGAUCGAUUCUGGUACGAAAACCCAGGCUGGCCAUCUUCCUUUACACUCGAACAACUGCACGAAAUCCGCAAGAUGCGACUUUGCAGAAUUAUCUGUGACAACAGUGACGACAUGAACGACAUCCAGUUUGCAGCUCUAAUCAACCACGAUCCCAACCAAAACCCAAGGAUCGGUUGUACGUCCGACGAUAUGCCCAAGAUGGACUUCACCAAAUGGAAAGACACAACGUACCUUAAAAAGUAAUUUACAACACCUAGAACAAAUCAACCAAAAUUGUUAGAACUAAGAAGCAUCCUCUAACGUCCAACAAAACCUGCCAUUCCCAAGAUGGCCCCCGGCAAGCCAAUGACCAACUUGCAAAGUGGCGGCCGGUGAGCCUACAUCAACCUGGAAAUUAAGUGCCGGCUCGAAACAAAGUCGGUGGUGAAUGUGGGGUUAUGUAGUACCGAGGAUGCAAUUUAGGAAACAAAAGCGUAAUGAUUCAAUGUAGGCCUGGCCAUCAGGGGUUUCUUGUGUUUCAUGAUGGAAUGCCUAUUGAGUCUCUUGGUCUUGGACGUUUCGAAUGAAGAAUAUGCUAAAACAAAGAGUCGCCGUCGACGCGGGGCUCAUUCUGUGUGCCUUUAAUACCUUCAGUAUUCACAGAUAUCAGGGCUCUGCCUUUGCCAAAGCAGGAUGCGGAUGUGAAUGGAACUGUAAGAAAAUGUUUAUCUAGGAGAGUGCAACAUGAUAAUUUUAGACGCAAGAAAUAUGAAAAUGUGACAUAAAGUUAUGUUUACCUUUAUAACGAUUGUUACAGUGACCCCGUAUGAUGACAAAAAGGCAAGCUGCAUAACUAGCACAUGUGCUACUGUUGCAUUUUGUACACAAUCUUAAAUUGGAGCUCGGGGCCAAUGUAGAAUUGCAUGAGAGCUCGAAGACGUGGAUGCAGAAUUCUGUGCCAUAGAUACAGUGCAAGUAGUCAAGAUACCAGUGCUGUGUAAGAACUAUAGGAUUCACUUCCUGUAGUUGUACCUAACAUGUGUCCUUCUGUAAACGUGGUCACAAAAGGUCAAGGUACCAUAGCUAUCCUUAUGAGGAUGAAGACCACCUAUGCCAUGAGUCAUCAAAAUCCUCCUCCCAAUCUCAAUCCAGAUGACUGAUUUACUUUUACCGAUAGACAUUAUGUUUCGUUUUGUCUCUCUGGCAAUGAAGGCUUCGUCUCUAACUGUUAAAGGGGUUGCCACACUUCGUCCCGUGUUAUCCCAGAUAAACAAUCAAAGACUGUUAUUUGCAUCGAUGCAAACCUGCAUUCCGACUUUUACAGCAAAAUAAGACGCGUGUAAAACUGGCACAGGGAAUACUGAAAGUCAUCGGGCUCUGAUAUUACUGCAGGCGUGUCAUGAUAGGGCCCUGUGUUUUCGGGUUUGUUUUUUAAAUCGGGGGUAAAAAUCGGGUGUCAUUUCAGGGGCGGUGAAACAGGGUAAAAUCGGACAAAAGCAUGUGGAAAAGCAGAUUUUCGAGUGAAAAAAAAAAAGGAAAAGGAGUGCUUCUCGCGUUUUACAUGACCAUGACCUGCGGAAUAUAACGUCCUCUAGUGGCUGAAAUUGUACUCUUGCCAGUCAGCUUUCGGGUUUCACCCGAAGUAACGAUGAUGCACAAUGGGGGAGGGAGGGGGGUAAAAACGGUCUUUACCCUAGAACACAGGGGCCUUACGUAUCCAUGAAUGAGGAAGCGCGGUAGAGGCCACGUGGUUACGACUACCAAAGGGAAUGGCCGUAGCUCUCGCUGCUCUGACAUCAUAGCUUCACGCGUACGUGUGUUCAAGUGUCUUCGCACCCAAUACGCACGUAGAAAAUUUCCCUCAAUACUUUGGUUUGCUGUAGCUCGCGUGAACAACCACAUCUCUCAAUGUGUCACAGCCCCUUUAAAUAUGAAAUGGUAUUUGGCUCUCUAUCACACCGAAGAACGUUUUGUACAUAGAUUUUCAAGCAAAUUCCCCGGAACUGGUUCCAAAGAUUACGUUUCCUCUUCUGCUGCCCCUUUUCAGGCUUCUUUUCCUUUUGAUUUUCUGUAUCUAGAAGGAACAAUUUAAACUUUCCAAACUACAAACUGCAUGAAACGUCCCAGAUUCUGCAGACUGAGAAUCACUUCGGUGCUUGCAAAUGUGCCUUCAUGUGAUCACGUGAUGUGCUUUUUUUCUUUUUUUUGCUAUAGUUUCUGGCAUCAUGCCCCAAUGUACAUAUUUCCAGUCUUUAUAUUUAUAUGUGGCCGUAUUGAAAGUAUGUGAACUUUUAAUGCGCCACAGUUUGGGGUCUACCCCUUGAUUUUGACAAUGGUAGGGACUUCUCUAGAGUGUUUGUGAUUAGAAAAUCAUCGUAAUAGAUUUCAAUAGGAUGUGAGAAAGCCAAGUUCUUCUUGGACCCCUCAUGGAUGCACUAAAGUUUCUUUUUGAGAGAACCGUUCUUUUAUGUUUGUUUGUUUGUUUGUGUGAGUGAGAGCGUGUGUCUUGGGAAUUUUUUUUCUUUUUUGUAUGAAAAAUGAGAAGUGUGUGGUUUUCUGUUGACUAACUAUGAAAUAAAAAUGUUUUCAUGAA